AUGAUCUAUCGUAUACCGUUCUCACGUAAGGUACUAUGCUGCUGCUCGGUGGACUCGUCUUAUCGCAAAGGUCGCUGGAGGUUGAAAGCUCGCGGAGGUCAGAACAGGUCCUGCUCGGGGCAGAUGGAGCUCGCCGGAAGUUGCUGCGAUGGUGGCUCGUGGUCCGCGACGUCGAGAGCUGGUGGUAUGUACUGGGAUGGGAAUCUUAUUACUGCUUUGUUCUCAGAAGAGGAUGCUGGGAAAAUAAUGCAGAUCAAUUCUUUGAAUCCAAGGGCUGAGGAUAAAAAGCAAUGUGACCUUGUGGAUAAAGGCAAAUUCUCUGUUAAGAAGGCUUACAGUACUAUGCUGCUGCUCGGUGGACUCGUCUUAUCGCGAAGGUCGCUGGAGGUUGAAAGCUCGCGGAGGUUGGAACGGGUCCCGCUUGGGGCAAAUGGAGCUCGCUGGAAGUUGCUGCGAUGGUGGUUCGUGGUCUGCGACGUCCGGAGUCGAGCCUUCACGGAAGAGAAUGGUGGUGCUGGGAGUUGCAGCGGUUUACGGUGGUUGGUCGACCCACUUCUGUUCGCGGCAGAAGAGGUUGGUCACGGCGCGGAGGAAGCUCUGGCCGCGGCGUAG